CCCAAGUGAAUCAUAUCCCGAUGGCGACAGAUGCGCCAAAGUGCGCUACCAAGACGCUGCAUGUGUCAACGCCUACGGGAGAAGACAUCGAGCUGAGUUGCGAAGAUGAGACGAUUCUGCAGCUGAAGAUGCGAUUGCAAAGCUCCGAGCAGGUGCCCGAGAAGUUCCGCACCGCUCCCACGCGCGCCCUUCGCUUGGUCUUUGGCACCGAGGUGUUACCUGACGAUCUACACCUAUCAGAUCCUGCAGGCCCAAAGGAUGGCGACCAGUUGUCCUUGAUCGUGUCUCUGGCCCCUUGUGGGAUCUACAAAUCCGAAAUAAGUGAAGUUGGUCACGGGCCCGCGGCCGACAACACCUGGAUCAUUGCCUCGGCAGAUUUUACUGACCAUGGUGAUUUCACAAUCACGAUGGAGGAAUCAGAGAUCACCUCUGAUGAUGAAGACGAGGACUACGAUCCUUAUGAGAACCGAGCGGCGUGGGAUCAUUGCUACCGAGGCACAGUACAGAUGGAUGGCUCUGACUUUCGCAUGACCAUUACCUCCAUGGAGCGUAAAGGGAUUUUUGACGACAAGCUGAGUCAUGGUGACGAGCUGCUGGGCAAGCUUGGCCACAACCAGGUGGAGUUGCAACUUCCUUUCGCCGCGGGGGGUUGCAACUCCGGCCCGGGCCCGGGUUUGCUGUGGAUCACCUUAAUGCAAGACAUCCUUGGAAGAUCGGCGCCCAAGUGGGACCAAAGAAUCACUGUAGCCCCGCGCCAAAGGCGCAAGAUGAAAGGUCAGCUGAAGGAAAAAGUGAAUCACCUGAAGAUUUCCAGCUUGGUAAGUCUAGCCUUAACCCCCACAAACCGAUCCGAUGUCCUGGCGGCGGUAUUGGAGAUCAUCAGCCGGCGUGAAGCCAAGCUGACGCCCCAGCAGGUGGAUCGGAUUUUUGAAGCCGUGGGAACAGCCAACUUGGACUUAGCAGUUAUGCCUGUUUUUGCUGUUGGCCCGUUAUGCGGGAAGCUGUUUAUGCAAGUUGCCUAUGCUGCCUACAGCGUGGCGGCUUUGCAAGGCCUCAAUCGCUCAGAGGCAGCCUUGGCCGCCGUGGAGGCGAAGGCUUUAGUGGUGGACACUGCGCUGGGGCCAAGGAUUUUGAAACUGCCGGGCGGGGCCGUGAAACGCUUUGUCCAGAUCUGUAUGUCGGGAGCGCUUGCCGCGGGUCUCGGCAAAGGCUUUGCGACAGGGGCGUACCGUGAAGGAUCUCUCCCUUUCCACAAUGUUGUGCAGGUGGGCCUGCCUUCAGCGCAUAUCGAGAUGCCCAGGCUUUCCAGGGUCUCCAAGUGGCAACCGCCCAUGCAAUUUCUGCAGGGGCGGAGGCGCUUGGCCUACAAGAAAGAUCAGCUCCAAGCGCAGCAGAUGCUGUCCUAUCACAUGGCCAGCGGCUACAGCUACAAACAGGUCCAGCCUGUGGUGAUUUGUGAGUUUGAAGGUUCGCCCAUUUGUAAGAAUCCGCUUUCUGCCCGAAACGUGUCAAACGCGCUGCAGGCACUGAAACUUCUGGGCGCAGAGGUUCGCAGAUGGAAGCGGCUUAUGCAAGAGCGCACUGCAGUUGUGAUGUGA